GAGUCACUCUUUCGGCGGGGCUUCUUUUUCCUCUCGAGCCGAAGAAGGGGAAGGAGAAAGAGAAAGAGAAGGAGUGAUAAAGAAGGAGGACUAGAAGGAGAAAGAGAAAGGAGUGAUAAAGAAGGAGAAGAAGGACUAGAAAAAGAAAGAAGAAAAGAAGGAGGCGCAGAGCUAGAAGGAGAAGAAAAAGAAGAAAGAGAGAAGGAGUGAUAAAGAAGCAGGAGGAGGAAAAGGAGGACUAGACAGAGAAGGAGGAAAAGAGGAGGAAGGCGAAGAGGAAGAAAAAAGAAGAAGGGGAAAAAGGAGGGGAAAGAGAAGAAGGAGAAGGAGAAGAAAAAAGAAAAGAAGGGGAAAAAGGAGGAGGAAGGAGAAGGAAAAGAGAAGAAGGAGAAAGAGAAAGAGAAGAAGGGGAAAAAGGAGGAGGAAGGAGAAGGAAAAGAGAAGAAGGAGAAAGAGAAAGAGAAAAAGGGGAAAAAGGAGGAGGAAGGAGAAGGAACAGCUCCAGCAGCAGCCCUUGCCCGGACCAGCAUCGGCCAAGCUUCCAUCCCAGACUCAUCCCGGUCGAAUUGCCGACAGGCUCGUGAAAGAGGCUUGAAAGAAAGAUGGCAAAAUCGCCAGAGCUUGCUUUUCAGUGGCACCAAUGAGAGCCGCGUCUAAAAAAACCCCAUGCGGAGACCUCUCGGUGGGUAGCACAUGGCUUUGGAGCGAGAAGCCGAGAAGGCGAAGGAGGAGGUGGGGCCAUCUUUUCCGACUGAUGCUGCGAUCCGAAGGGCUUCAUCCUUAUAAGAAGAGAUGCUAAUUCAGAACUCCAAUGGUUUUUUUUCCCCCCUCCCUUCACGACUGUGGCGAACGGAGAGUGAUCUGACGAUAGCGAUUUGAUUGUGAGGAAUCCCAUCCUUGCUCCUUGGGGAAGAAAAAACACACACACCAAAACCACUGUUCCACUCUUUUUGCUUUUCGCUGUGAAGAAAGACGUUAGAGACUGCCUGGAAUUAAAAUGCCAGCUAAAGGCAAAUACUUCUUUAACGAAAGCGAAGGUUGCAAGUUGACGGAUCCCUUAUACGAGAAGUACCUUUAUGCGAGUCAACAACACCCGCUGCUCUUCUUCCUGCUUUUCAUUGUGGUUGCCUAUUGCUCAACACUUAUCGUAGUGCUCGUCUCUUACGAGAAAAACACCGGCCAACAUCUGGCCUUCAUUGUCACUGUGAGCAUUGCUCUCAUCAUCUUCAUCAUCAUGUAUGUUUUAGUUUACGUCGAAUAUUACUUUUGGUGCCAGCUGAAGCUCUUUGCGGUCGUCAUCUGGAUCAGCCUGCUGGCCAUCGGAUACGUGUCCAUUUUCGACGAUCGUACACCUGCUGGAUGGGAACAGGUGCCAUUUUUUCUGUUCAUCAUCUUCACGACAUAUACCAUGUUGCCCUUGGCUAUGAGAGAUGCUGUCAUAGUCAGCUCCCUUUCUGCUCUCUCUCAUAUUAUUGUCCUCAGCAUUACAGCAGCCGGAGACACACAGAAUCAACACACCUUGCUCCUUCAGCUGGUGGCGAACGCCUUCAUUUUCCUUUGUGGCAAUUUGCUGGGGGCGUACCACAAGCAUCAGAUGCAAGACGCCUCCUGGGACCUCUAUCGCUACACCUUAAAAUGCAUCCAAGUCCAAAUGAAAUUGAAAAUUGAAAAAAGGCAACAGGAAAGCUUGCUUCUCUCAAUUCUGCCAGCUCACAUAUCCAUGGGAAUGAAACUUGCCAUCAUUGAGCGUCUAAAAGAAACCAACGAUAUGAAAAAGCAUGAUAAUAAUUUCCACAGCCUGUAUGUGAAACGGCACCAGAACGUCAGCAUCCUGUACGCAGACAUUGUAGGAUUCACUCGCUUGGCAAGCGACUGUUCUCCGAAAGAGCUAGUGGUGAUGCUGAAUGAACUCUUUGGAAAAUUUGACCAAAUUGCAAAGGAAAACGAAUGCAUGAGGAUAAAAAUUUUGGGAGACUGUUAUUACUGCGUCUCGGGCUUACCUGUGUCCUUGCCGAUACAUGCCAAAAAUUGUGUGAAAAUGGGCCUUGACAUGUGUGAAGCGAUAAAGCAAGUUAGGGAAGCCACAGGGGUGGACAUCAACAUGCGAGUUGGCAUUCAUUCCGGAAACGUACUCUGCGGGGUGAUCGGACUUCGGAAAUGGCAGUAUGAUGUCUGGUCCCAUGACGUCUCCUUGGCCAACCGCAUGGAAUCUGCAGGCAUUCCUGGCCGUGUGCACAUCACAGAAGCAACCCUAAAUCAUCUUGGCAAAGCUUACGAGGUGGAAGAAGGCAAUGGGCACCUCCGGGAUCCCUAUCUUGAAGCCAUGAAUAUCAAGACUUAUUUGGUGAUUGACCCCAGGUCAAAACAGCGGGCCACCAACAAUCAUUUUCCUCAAUCCAGAGUGCAGGAUGGCUUGAAGAUGAGGGCCUCUGUCCGGAUGUCACGAUACUUGGAAUCGUGGGGAGCAGCUCGCCCUUUUUCCCACCUGAACCACCGAGAGAGUGUGAGCAGUGACACUUCUGCGCCCAGCCGCAGACGCAAGAAGGAGAUAGCCUUGCAGCUCGCGAGUCGUCAACGGACGUCAGAGAGUUUCGAUGGAUCUAGACAGCACCACUUCUGUCCUCCUCCUGUUCUAACUUAUAAAAAUACGUCUCAGAAAGGAAGAAUGGAGGAGGAAAUCAACGAUAAGAUGAUGUCGACCAUUGAGGGCCUGAGUUCAGCCAAACCGUGGUGCGGUCAGAAAGACGAUUUCCGUGGCCUGUGUGGGUUUUUGCUGUGCUUUGUCGAAACAGGACUGGAAAAAGAGUAUCGCACAAUUCCUAUUCCCAAACUGAGGGGUUAUUUUGUGUGUGCUGGCAUUGUUCUGCUCUGCAUGUUUACCGUACAGAUGUGCAUCAAACCGCAGUCGCAAACCUUAGGGAUCUCAUUUGGGAUUGUUGCAAGCAUCAUGGGGCUGAUUUUGUGUGUCUGCUUUGCGGAUGACUGUUGGAGAUGCUGCGCGAAGCGGUGGCCGCUAGCAGGCUACUUCUGCAUGCUUUCUGAGAAAGUGGAGACGAUGCCAUCGGUCAGGCUUCCCCUGGCCAUCCUUGCCCUCGGCUCGCUGCUGAUCCUUGCUGUUUUCAACCUGCCAGUGAGCCAGCCUGGUGGAGAUGAUGCUUCCUCACAUGCCAAUCCAGUGUCAGGAAACAGUUCAAAUACUGAAGAUGGACCGCCUAAUAUGAUUAUGAUCUACCCGUAUUACGCCUACUGCUGCAUCCUGGGCUUCCUUGCGUGUUCUGUGUUCCUUCGAAUGAGUUUCGAACUCAAGCUAAUGUUGCUUUCGGGAGCCAUCGUGGGGUAUUUCGUCAUAUUUAACAGCAAUCCGAAUGUCACCUGCGACCAGGAGUGUGCCAAGAGGCUUUUUAUAAAAAAUCCCAAAGUGAUGAUCAAUUUGUACCUGGCACUCUUUUAUAUAACUUUGGUUCUGUUGUCCAAGCAGAUAGACUAUUAUUGUCGUCUGGACUGCCUGCAGAAAAACAAAUUCAAAAAGGAACAUGAGUCAUUUGAAACCAUGGAGAAUGUAAACAGGCUGCUGCUUGAAAAUGUCCUCCCAGCUCAUGUGGCGGCCCAUUUUAUUGGGGACAAAUUAAAUGAGGAUUGGUAUCAUCAAUCUUAUGACUGCGUCUGUGUCAUGUUUGCCUCGGUCCCUGACUUCAAGGUAUUUUACACGGAGUGCGAUGUCAACAAGGAAGGGCUGGAAUGCCUUCGUCUCCUGAAUGAAAUCAUCGCCGAUUUCGAUGAGCUGCUGCUAAAGCCUAAAUUUAGUGGGGUUGAAAAAAUCAAAACUAUUGGGAGCACGUACAUGGCAGCAUCGGGACUCUGUGUGGUACCGGGUCAAGAGAAUAAUGUGGAUCAAGAAAAGCAGUGCGCUCAAAUUGGCAUCAUGGUGGAAUUCGCAAUGGCCUUGAUGACUAAACUAGAUGGUAUCAACCGCCAUUCGUUCAACAGUUUCCGUCUACGGGUCGGCAUCAAUCAUGGACCGGUAGUAGCUGGUGUGAUCGGUGCUCGCAAACCCCAGUAUGAUAUUUGGGGAAACACGGUCAAUGUUGCCAGCAGAAUGGAGACUACUGGAGAACUUGGGAAAAUCCAGGUUACAGAAGAGACGUGCAAAAUAUUGGAGAGCUUGGGAUACGCUUGCGAAUGCCGAGGUCUGGUUAACGUGAAGGGAAAGGGAGAACUGAUCACGUACUUUGUCUGUACCGAUACAGCCAAAUCUCAAGUUUUUUGACCGCGAACGAGAAGACGCUAAGAAAUUACGGUCGAAAUAUCUUGAGGGGCUUUGCUUUUUAUUUUUUAGCAAAUGGUUAAAAAUGUUGACUCCUGUAAAGGAGUUCGUGCCGAAUGACUAUCCGCGCUGGCAUUUUUGCAACUUGAGAAGAACGCAAGAGGUUCUUGAAAGAUGUUUACAGUUGAGUCUAGUUGAGUCUACAGCUGAGUCUACCUGAUGUCAAUUUUGUUUCCUGCCACAGAGGACUCAAGAGAUUUCUGUAGAUUGGCAGUCAAGUAAGAGGAUGGCUUGGUUCAAGGUGCCCUGCUCUUCGGCUUCCUCCUUGCCGUUUCGUGUGGAUAGAUUUGACGAUUGCGAUAACGCUGCCUUGAGCAAAAAUCAAACGACAAAGAGACCAGAUUGGAGCCUGGACCUUGAAGGCCCUUUUGGGUGGAACUGUCAUUUGCUCUGCCAUUGAUUUGUGAUUCCUCCACUCGUUGUCCAUUAGAGCCACCCUCAGACCUGCUGCGGAUCUCCCAAAACUUGCACUUCCACUUUUCUCUUCAACUAACAUUUCAAGACUCAAAAAAAACCCAACAACAACCCGUCAACAUUUUUCUUGCACUCCUUCUAUACCGUCACAAAAUAAAUUAGAACUGUCUGUUUUUCAUCGCUUACUUACCUCAUUUCUGUACCAGAAGGAACAGCCUAAGGGAGAACCACCCCAAGCUAAUGCAGAUUUGAUGUUCUGGAAUCCACUUCUUGGGCUUGGUAUCAAACACUUGAGGAUUUGAGUCUUAAAUGUGCUUGUUUUGGGUGGGUUGAAGGACUCUGGGAAGCCUUUUUCUUUAAUUUCUCUCUGGUUUGUCUUUGCAAGAUCCUAUUUGAGUUCAACAGCCAUUCCGUGGGCUUAUGGUAAUGUGGAAAUUCCUGCAUUGUCAGUCUAAAAAUUCAGGUUCUUUCUUAAAUAGCAAACCCGCUUAUAUAAAUCAUGGGCAGUUCCUACUACAACUGUACUACUAAUCUUAAAACAGAAUGAUGGAUAAUUCCCAGGAUGGAUUGCCGUGUAGAGAAGCUAUUGUGCCAUAUUUUUUUUCUUGGUGGUCAGUAACGCCCUCAUAAUUUUGAGUGAUGUAGAGCAUUAUGGACUAUGUCUCCGUGUCCAUGACAGCUUCUGUACCAACACCGCACAGUAAGUAAAACUGUCUUGUGUAGAUUUGCGAACCAAAAUGAACAAGAAGCAGCUACGUACAGGUAGUCCUUGACUUAUAUGACCUCCAAUUGGGAUCAGAACUUCCAUUGCUAAGCCAGGUGGGUUUUAAGUGAGCCGUGCCUGAUUUUAUGACGGUAUGGCCAUGGGUUGUUAAUCAAGUCAAUUGUUAAAUGAAUCACAGGGUCAUUAAGUGAAUCCAAGCUUACCGUAUUAAUUUUGCUUAUUGGAAGCCAGCUGGGAAAAGUGGCCAAGUCAUGACCUUGAGAUGCUACAACCACACGUGUUGCCAAGUGAUGAAAUUUGGGUCAUUUGUUUCAUGGAGAUGCUGCAUUGGUUGUGAGAACAAGGACCAAGUUACUUUUUUUCCAGGGUGGUCUUAAAACUGAACAGUCACUAAAUGAACGGUGGUAACUUGAGGUCUAUCUGUCCUGUGUCCAUGCCAACGUUGUCAAUGUUUCUUCCUAGUAUUCAUCUCAUAUCUGAAGUGGCGUAGGGUUUCCUGCCUAAGCAAUGGGUUAGACUAGAAGACCUCCAAUGUCCCUUCCAACUCUGUUAUUCUAGUCUAUCGCUAUUUUUAUUUCAAAGUGGGCUUCUGCUUUUUGUAUCAGGAAUUCUGAAGAAUCUCAUCGGCUGUUUUUUAAAGUGUUACUAAUCUUCACUAUCAACUGAAGAGAGGUUUUGACAUGGUGCGAAGCCGCACAACAAAAUAUGACAAAGCUGUGAUGCCUUCCAAGAAUCAGUUGGGGGAAAAAAAAAAACCCUAUGUUUUUAAAGCACAAGAAUGCCACUCGUAAAAUAAAAUUAUUGUCUGAAAGAUUCCACAGCAAUGCUACUUACAACCCUACAAAUUACAGGUUUGUUUUUUUUUAGGUGGGACUAUGGAAUUGGACACACAACUGCAAAAAAGGGGUUGUUGUUUUUUUUAGAUACCUCUGAUAUUGAGCAAAAUUAGGGCAACCAAUUGGAAGAAUUAUCUGUUUGUGCCUAAAAUCUAGGACAAGCAGGAACAAAGGAAAGGGUUUAUUUAAGAUGAUACAGUAUGUAAAGUAUUAGUGACUUACGUUGACUAAUAUUGUUAAGAACUACCUAUAUUUUGCUGUGGCUUUUAUUUCUGCUACAUCCAUUUGUGUAAAAGCUUUUCAGAAUGCAUUUUAGAUACAAAGGUAUAUAAAUCUGAAGAAAUUGGAGUAUCCUCUAGAGUGAAAUCUAUUAAUGAGGUCUGAUCGUAUUCGUUUUUUAAAAAGUUUCAAAGGGCAGUUCAAUUGACUGCAAAUCCUCUUAUGCUAACCCCCCCCUGCUCACCCUUAUUGUGUUCAUUAUAAUUACUGUGUAAUUAAUACGUGGAUAGAUGAAUUUCCUACGUUUCAUGAUGGGAACAAACUUCGAGUGAGGUCUUACUACAGAUAAAGGACUUUUAGAAAGUCUUAGGAGAUUAAAGUAGAUUAUAUUCAAGAGUAUUAAGAUGAGAUAGUCCUGGGUAGUGUUAAAAAGGUCGCACAACUUCUUUUUGUAAUAACUGCACGCUCAUGUGAAUGAUUCCUUUUCCUUCCUGUCUUUUUUUUUAAAAAAUUGUACAUUUAGUACAGGUUUGGUUUUUAAAAUAAAACGCAGAAGCUGGAAGGUUUUGGUUCAGAAAUUCUUGACUGUCUUAAUAUUUCAAAUCAUUAGGUGUGACAACUGCUCUCGAAUGUCUACCGACAGAAACGUUCGCGAAACCUUAAUUUUCUCUUUUGCGUUAUACUGUGGUCCAGGCAACUGGUCUAAGCUAUGUUGCUUCCACUUUUUAAGUUUUCUGUAUUAAAAGUUUCAUGUUAUUUGAUGUUAU